CUUCGCUUCCACAGUAUGGCCGGCGACAUUAGCUAGCGCUCGCUCAACGCUUUUCUCUGUAACAGGGGAACACACGGAAUACAAGGAACCGAACCGCAUCGCCUGCACGCUUGCCUACUCCGCACUUCUUUCCUUCCACCUCCCUUCUUCCCCCACCCCAAAAGGACUCUUUAACAACCCGCCACCUUUCCCGCAACCGCUUGCUGGUAUAUAUAUAAUACAUAUAUAUAUAUAUGUAUGUAUUUUUUCUUAUAGCUUAAUAUAAGAUUACUACCCCUUCGAAGGUAAACCUGCUUGGGACGGGCUGAGACCCCGUGAAGACGGCUGCGGCCCCGGUCAGAAGCAGCAGUAAUACCAGCUGUAGCCGGUGUAGGUGCGGAGGAAGGAGGGCGGCGGCGACAGCAGCAGUAGUGGUAGUUUGGUUGGGGGUGUCUGUCGUUUAAUUUCUGUGGUUGUUGGUUUUGCGGAGUUGUCUCACCAUGAUGGAGGAGAACGGUGCACACUUCUUCGAAGGGACUGAGAAGCUACUGGAGGUGUGGUUCGCCUGGCAACAACCCUCGCCGCAGGAGCCGCACCAGAGCAACGGGUCCGGCGACCUCCGCACCAUUCCCAGGUUUGAGUGGGACAAACUUUUGGAGAAUGUGCAUUGUUUGAUCAUAAGUGUGACAAAAACUGACAAGCAGGAAGCUUAUGUACUCAGUGAGAGUAGCAUGUUUGUCUCCAAGAGACGUUUCAUUUUGAAGACAUGUGGUACCACCCUCUUACUGCAGGCACUGGUUCCCCUGUUAGAGCUUGCUAGAGAAUACUGUGGGUUUGACUCAAUUCAGAGCUUCUUUUAUUCACGGAAGAAUUUCAUGAAGCCUUCCCACCAAGAGUACCCACACAGGAAUUUCCAGGAAGAAGUAGAAUUCCUUAAUGAAAUAUUUCCAAAUGGAGCAGCUUAUUGCAUGGGCCGUAUGAAUUCUGACUGCUGGUACUUGUACACUCUGGAUUUUUCAGAGAGUCGAGUAAUCAAUCAGCCAGAUCAAACAUUGGAAAUUCUGAUGAGCGAGCUUGAUCCAGUAGUUAUGGACCAGUUCUACAUGAAAGAUGGUGUUACUGCAAGUGAUGUCACUCGUGUGAGUGGAAUUCGUGACCUGAUACCAGGUUCUGUCAUUGAUGCUACAAUGUUCAAUCCUUGUGGGUAUUCAAUGAAUGGGAUGAAAACAGAUGGAACUUAUUGGACUAUUCACAUCACUCCAGAGCCAGAGUUUUCAUAUGUUAGUUUUGAAACAAACAUAAGUCAGACAUCUUACGAUGACCUAAUUAGAAAGGUCAUAGACAUUUUUAAGCCGGGAAAAUUUGUGACAACCCUCUUUGUUAAUCAGAGUUCAAAAUGUCGCACAGUGUUUGCUUCAGCCCAGAAGAUUGAAGGUUUUAAGUGUCUAGAUCGCCAGAUCGCUCAGUUUAAUGACUACAACUUUGUUUUUACCAGUUUUGCCAAGAAUAAACAGCAGAGUUGAUUAAGAGAAAUGAAGAAAAAGCGCAAAAAGAAACCCAAUAGUGGAGGUGGUGGUUGCUUUCUAGUUAAUGUUACAAGGGGCCAUAUUUUUCAUAUCCACCUCGUAGUUGCAGAAAGCCCUAGAUGUAAUCAUAGUAUAAUUUUCAAUUGUAUACAUUAUUAUAUCAAAAAUUUAGAUAUAUUGCAUGAAUGCUCUCUUCUGUGUUUAGGUAUUCUAAUUCACUUUUGCUGUGAAAUUGGAAAGCAUGUAGAAAAAUUUUACUGUAUGAGACUCUACAAUAUUUGUAAAAACAGUUCCAAUAGGAUUACAUGCAGUAUAGUUUUUCUCCAAGUAUCACCAAAAAUUCCCCACAGACAAGGAUUUCGUCCUCAUUAGUUUCCCUUGAACUUACCUAUCUAAAACAGUUAGUUGCCUAACUCUUUCAUAUCUAUACUGUAAUUUAAAUUUAAAACAGUUCUUGAAUUUGAGUGAUUUCUAAUUGACAUUUAGUGUGUAACCCAAUGGCAGAUUCAAACUUCUUGCAAUUUAGAAUGCUGAGGUGGCUAGAACAAGACUACUUACAUACAAUGGGCUAUUUCGCUUUAUAAUUUGGGUCAAGUAUAUUUUAACACUCUAGAGUUGUAUACAUCUCCAGAACUAGUGGAAAGAAAAUACAGUGGCAGUUAGUACACUAGCUAUUCACCACUGGGAACGAACUUAUUCAUUUGUUAAGUUAUUUUGAUAGUCUUCUAAAUUUAUGCCAAAAUCAUUCCUGUUCCACAUUGGUCUUUUGUUCAAAGGUGACUGGUGGAAGUUGUCUAAUAUCUAAAGUAUACUGAUACAAUUGUGAUAGCAUGAAUUAAACAAGCCAGCUCCAGACCUUUCACAAAACUCAGAUGUUAUUGCAGUGUUUAAAAAUCUAAUUUGUUAGGAGGGUGGUGCUCUUGGCAUAGGGAGUUCUCAUAAAUAACACAAUGCAAUGUGAUUUAAAUUUACUACAAAAUUGUUGCCAUUUCUUACUGUGAAUAUGCUGGCUCAAAUGUAACUUCAUAUGAAUUCAGACACCAAGGCCCUUCCACACUGUAACGUCCUGUGACAUCAUUGUGCAUGUGAUAUUUAAGCUGAAUUUAACAAUAUUGUGACUUCAUCUGUGUUUCUACCUAAUUAAAAUGCAGUUCCUUUUUACACGAUGUGGGAAGGCACUGAACGUUUUGGCUGCAGCAAGUACAAAAUUGGGUGCCUAGACACAGUGAAGUACAACAGUGUCUUUAGAACCUUAAUAACAGUCUAGGCACAGAAUUUAAGCUUCUGGGAGACAGUAUAUUCAAGUAUCAUUUGAAAUACUGUGGGAUUUCAGCUGUUGAGACCAGCAAUCUGUUAAAAAUUGACAAAAUCCUCACUAUGUUUUUGAUUCUUUGAAUAUGACAAUAUUGUGUUCCUUCUGUAUAUAGGAAACACUUUUAGUGUUUCUAGGCAACUCAUUCUGCUUGGUUGGAAAUCAAGUAGUUGGUACACCUUCACUUUUUAUUUUUAAAUAGAUUUUUUUCUACCAAAUGAUCAGUUUUGCUUCUGAGUAGCACCUCAUGGUUCAGGGUGCUUUUGACUUUAAGGACCAAGUUUUCAAAUGCUUUUGUUCUUGAAGAGUCCCCAAGCACUUGUUGGCUUGAGGUCUGCUAGACUGAAGAUCCCUUUGUUUAAGGUUGGAAAUACAGAUCUGGAUAAAAGUGAGAUUUGGAUAGCUAUAUAGAAAGAAAAAAUGGUUGAAUGAGUAUUCAUGAACACUAGGGUGAACAAAGAAGGGGGAUGAUGUUUGGUGUUUAAAACUUCUCUCUGUGGUGUUAGACAUGGAUCAUUAAAAUGUGCAAAAAUAUAUCUGUACCAGAAAUUGUAAUGCUUAAAUAAAAGUUUGCUUUCUAAGCUCUUGCAA